AUUACGGAAAUACGUAAUGACACUACCGGCGCUUUCAAGGGCAUUGAACACAUUGCAGAACUCUACGGCGUCCAGCUGCCCGUGUCACUACACACGUGCAUUAAGAAAGAAAACCUACAUCUGAUCAACAACAUCAAGGCAUGGAAGGGUACGGGUCAGACUUCUCCUCGGGUGGAGCAGGAGGAAAAAUGGAUUCCGGGGCCAUAAUGGAACAAGUCAAGGUCCAGAUUGCGGUGGCUAACGCUCAGGAGCUAUUGCAGAGAAUGACAGACAAGUGCUUCAAAAGUGUUAUAGGUAAACCAGGGAGCAACCUGGACAACUCUGAACAGAAAUGCAUAGCGAUGUGCAUGGACCGGUAUAUGGAUUGCUGGAAUACUGUGUCUCGUGCUUACAACUCCCGGUUGCAGAAGGAAAGAUCACGUAUUUGAACUACCUCUUCACCCCAAGCCUUCUCCUAGCAACCACCCCUUGACCUCCAUCCAUGACCUCAACUGACACCAACCCGAACAUGGUUCUAUGUUCUAGGAUGAGGCUCCGAUUGGUGCACUGUGUGUAUUGACCGAAGCAUACCACCAACUUUUGAGAGAAUACCUCCCAGGCAGGCUAUCAACGCUUGUAAAGUCCAGCCUUGGAACUGUUGUGGUGGGCGGUUGAAUUUUAUUCUGUGAACUGCAUAAAAUAUUACUAUUGUUUAAUUAAUUUUUGUUAUUAAAUAUCGUCCUUCUGGUUAAAAAAGAUCUGUAUUCAUUGAAAUUGGUCAUUUACUAAAUGGUCUGUGCCAUUACUUUAGUGAUGCAAUAUUUAAGUUUAUACUUGUGUCUACUACUAAAGAUGAUGGCCUCACACAAAAUAUCAGGCCGAACCAAAAUUAUCUAGUAUGAAACUACAGACUGUAUCAAACUACAGACUGUGAAGGGCCCUUUUGUUCGAGAACCUGUGCAGCUGGAACAUUUGAUCCUUAAACCAGCUGUUCAACACAGCACCAGGGUCGGCUUAGCUCAGGAGGUAUAGCAGUUGUCUUGUAACCGAAAGGUUGCUAGUUCAACCCCCAGCUCCUCCUAGCUGAGUGUCGAUGUGUCCCUGGGCUAGGACACUUAACUGCUCCUGACAAGCUGGCUGUCGCCUUGCAUGGUUGACUUUCAAUGUGUGUAUUAACCGAUGUAAGUCGCUUUGGGUUAAAAGCGUCUGCUAAAUGCCCUAUUUGUAAUCACCAGUCCUCAUAUCCUCUGGAUAUAUAUCCUCCCCCAUCAGCAUGUUAGUACAUGAGAAAUAAAGUUAACAUGCAGAUUUGGCUGUAAGCACAUACAGAUGCAACAAAUCACACACAAGGAUUUAUAAUUUCUUGAAUUCCUGCCCAACCUGUAUAUUUGAGCGGCUUUCCAUAUGAGAAUUAGUAAAAUGUCAUGCCAAUGCUCAUCACUUAGAACGUUUGUAUGCACAACUGCAGAUGAGAGCACACACAUGCAUGGGUGUCAAAAGGCGAAUUCAUUACAUUUGUCAACAUGGUUUCCGGUUUAAUGUCAUUUAAUAAAAGUGAUGCGGUCAGAA